UUGACAGAGCAGAGAAUUUCAGGUCAGAGUAGAAAAAAGAUUUGUUACUGAAAACAGUGACACAACCUGCUUCACCAUCCUUUACACUGAUCUUGUUCUCACGAGAAUGAAGACGACGUUUGUGUGCAACGAAUCGAUGGUCAUCUCUAUUCCCAUCGGGAGACUAAAGGAUGCUGGACCGGCUGAGCUGAUGCCAGAGAAAUUCAACUGUGUGUUCAAGGACUCCUACAAGAUCUUUGUCCUCAAUGGGAAACCCAAACCUCUCGGAGCAGCUCAAGCCAUCGCUGGUGUGUUUCUUUGCGCUCUUGGUGGUAUUGAGACAGGAGUAACGCUGAUCUACACUGUACCCAGUGUUCUGUUUGUGGUCUCUGGUUUGCUGUCCUAUGCUGCAGGAAGAGGUCCGCAUAUGGGUCUGGCAAAGCUGUCGUUCUCUCUGAACAUCAUCAGCUUCUUCUGGUCACUUGCAGCAUUCACUGUCAGCGUGAUCUUCUCAAUAUUUCCACCUCCUUUCUCACGUGAGCCGUGGUUCAUUGGAGUUAAUGGAGUGAUAAUGAGUCUGCUGGUUGUCGAAUGCCUCCUCGCCCUGUUCUUGAUCUUCUGGUUAAGUAAAGCUGUUUGCAGGCAACACUUCAACACUUUGCCCAUCAUACUGCUGAAACAUGGAGACUGAAAUAAAAGACUUGAUGGAGCUCAACACACCAACCGACCAUAUUUAAACUUUUAACUUCCUGGUUGUAGAUCAGCCCGUCAGUGUACUUCAGUAUAUCCCUGAGCGCAUGCUGUAAAAAAAACAACAACUUCAUAAUGACCUAAUGGUUUUGGUUUUUACAAUAACAUGUUUUAUUGUCUUUUUAAAAAAUCACAUCCAUAAAGAAUCCAUAAAGAAACAAAAAGGACGAAGAACACUUUUAGAUAAUAUCUGAAACCUACGUAUUCCAAACGGGCUCUGGUAAAUUACUUUAAAUUGAUUAUUGAUUCCUGUGGUUGCCUGUGUGUUCUCCCCCCAAAAAUGUAAAGACUUAAAGAUGAGUCUUAAGAUUUCGGUGACCCACUGUGGAUCAUCUGUUGAGUAUUGACUCACGUUGUGUACAUUAUAAUGACUUGAUUUUUUAAAAAAAAUCUUUGGCUUCAGAUUAGUGAGUUUCUCUGGACGGGUUUUAUCUCGUUUUAAAAAAUGAAAGACUCUCAAGCUGACAGAUACUGUACAUUUUAAUAUGUGAUUAAAUAACUUUUAGUUCUUUAUCCAUGAAUUUCUCUCAUAGACAGACAGAAUGUUUUGUUUGAUUCUGGUAUAUUUCCUACCAACUACAAAUUGAAUAUUUUAUGUUCUUAAUACAUUUGCUUUGAAAUACUGUUGGGAGCAUUUAACAUGUCCACCAGAGACAUUGUGGUGCUCAAGCUUUAGAGGCCUAAGCUGAGGAAUGUCAGAUCUCCACCUCCUACACCACCAGGGUUUGCAGAUUCUGUGGAGUCAUUUAAACAAAGUCAUGGCAUUCUUUUUUUAAGCAGGGCUUUGGGUAAUUGAUGUGCACCAAGUCUAUGUAUUAUUUUC